AUGGCAGCAAUCUCUACAGCAAACCACUGGCUGUCGAACUUCGUCGUGGUUAUGGUGACCCCUGUGGCACUAGACACGAUCGGAUACCAGUACUAUAUCAUAUAUGCAGUUCUAUCAGCAUGUAUUCCUGUACUCGUGUACUUCUUCCACCCGGAAACCAUGAACCGGAUCUUGAAGAUGCUAGAUCAUGUUUUCCGAGAUGCGUCGUCGCCGUGGCAGAUUGUUUCUAUGGCGCGUCAUUUGCCCCAGGGUGAGAUUAGCCCAGCAGAGUUGAUUGUCCGAAACAAGGAAAAAGAAGACUCGUGCUUGGUCGAGAUGAAAGAGAAUAUUUGA